ACAGGGAGCCACAGAGGACGGUCGUACGUACACUGAUACCGAGAGGUAUUUUAGCUCGAAAAUCAAGCCCCAUUAGAGAUAUGAAAUAGACAAGAACGCCGGGACAUCACAAUAAUCAUGGCGAACGUGUCAACAGUUUCAGCAAUCAACGCAACGGAGGAGAAGAGGCUGGAUUCCGUCUCUUCUGCCGCCAUGAUAUCAGUCAUGACAAUCACGGACGUCUUAGCCAUUGCUGGUAGUAUCAGCGUCAUGGCUGUCAUCGCCAAGACGCCUCAGCUACGGAUUCUUACGCUCAUCUUCGUCUUCAACCUGUGUGCGGCCGAUCUGAUGCACUCCCUGUCCUCUACUCCACUGGCCAUCGCGACGUUGGCUCACGGUGGGGAAUGGUUUUCCACAGUCCCCAUGUGUCAGAUGACCGGAUUCCUGGACUCGUUCUUCACGUUUGGUUCGAUCUCUACGGUCUGCGUCAUCAGCGUGGAGCGCUACUACUCCAUCGUUCGCCCGAUGGUGCAUGCAGCGUACCUCACUCUCCUGAAAGCACUGUUCGCCAUCGGUGUCAUCUGGCUUCUAGCGCUGGCCUUUGCCAUGGCACCUCUGAUGGGCUGGAACGGUUACUCAUUCAACCCUAUUCAAAAAGAGUGCACCUUCAGCUGGUCUGAAGGGGGUGCGAGCACUGUCUACGCGAUCAUAAUCAGUGUCGUCUACUUCUGCAUCCCUGCAAUGGUCAUCAUCACCAUGUACGGCUUCAUCUACCGAACAGCUCGGAAAGCGUCCAGGCAGGUCGGGCCGCUACCGGCUCCGCUACUUCCCGUGGAUGAAACGCAGAUGCCCUCCGGCAUAUUCUUACAAGUGCCUCCGGCCACACCGUCACAGAUAUUCAACGUUUCGUCCCGCGUGGGGCCCGCUCCUUCUACAAGCAUGAACUCUCUAACAGUAAGCGGUGCCUUGGAUGGAGGAAACCUCCUGGGGAAAAGGCAACAUAACGAACCACUGAAAGCAACCAAAACCCUGCUGCUCAUAGUUGGACUUUUCCUCUUCACGUGGGGACCGUACUUCACAGCAAGUUUCUACCUUGGGCUCGUGGGGGUUAAAUACAGCGGGGUAGAAGAUGCUGUGAUAUGGCUCAGAAUUCUCGCCCGAACUUCGUUUGCCCUGAACUCUUUAGUGUAUGGGUUACUGAACAGACAAGUGCGACUAGAACUACACAAGGCGUACCGCAGUUUGUGUAAGCCGGCGGUAACCGUAGACCCCCCUCCCUCUGCUAUCAACCUGCGCAGUUUCGACAUGGACGGGUCUCAGGUGGAGAACUUCUUCCAGUUUCUGGAGAGGACAAACGCGGCGGAGAAGAAGGAGGAGACCAGAUGCGGGGAUAAGAAAGACGCGGCAACUCAGCAUGACUUUCCGUAAAGUUCCGAGUUGUCUGAGUGAGUUUCCGAACCAUGAUGGACAGUGUACAGACCCAGAACGUACGUAAAAUAGAUCAGCGUGUGUAAGUACUCAUUUUGCUCAUUGAAAGGAUUGAUAUUAACUGAUAAAUGAGAUCAACUCAUAACUGGUGAUUGUUUAAAGCACUGAUGGUCAAUUAUGGCCAU